AUGCGCACUAGAGAGAAAAAGAAGUGGAAUGAAAAUUCAGAAGAGAGUAAAGAAGCACCAGAGAACCAUAAACUGCAACAGCAACCUGUCCUUCAUCCCACACCACUAGAGCCAUUUCAGGACACUGUGUUACUUAAGAAGCCACUUGGACUAAGAAUCUGCAAAAAUACUUUACAGGUAACAUAUAUUGAAAAAUCAGGGGCAUCAGUGGGUCGGGUAUUUGUUGGUGAUGUUAUUGUAGCUGUCGAUGGGCAGAAAAUCAGCACUGUCAAUGAGCUCAACGGCGUUCUUAAAAAACCUUCACCGAUGGCAGCUGUAAUAUUCAAGCGCAUGUGCUAUUCAAAAUGCAAGCAUAAAAAGACAUUUGUGGAAAAAAUAAGCGUAGAAAGAGGUCGAGAAAUGAAAUGCACCGGACGAGCAAUCGAUCAGUAUCUGGCAAGAAAACUAAUUUUUCUUAAUCAGAAAGAAAUCUUAAAUAAAUUAAAUUAA